AUGGCCGCUCAGACGCCCCCGGGUCGACGGGACCGGCGGAGCGAUGCUGAUCUGCCUCUUUUGGGAGGGUAUCCAAUAGCUGAGGAAUACGAUAAGGGUGAGGAGGAUUCUGGCGUGAGUAGUAUCGCUUCCUUUGAUACUUUGCGGGAUGCGGUCAAUGGUGAACUCCAGGAUAUGCACAGGGAGGUUGGCAAGGUGCGCCGUUCCGGAAUAGCAGUACGGCAGAUGCUGGACAGGAUGAGGCAGCUAGCUGAUGGGGAGGCUGCGGAGCAACUAGAGGAGCAGAGACUAAGAGACAGUCUCGGCUCCCUCUUGUCAUCACUUGACCAGCUACUCUCCUCGUUCCUCGUGUCGGAGGAGCGGACGCUGGAGAAGGAGCGGGUCAGGGCGGACGAGAUUGAUGAGGGCAUCCGAGCGAACUCGCAGAAAUACCCGUCCUAUGCCUCCACCUCUUACACUGGGAUGGUCGAACCCAUGGCCGACCACAGCCAACCCGUAGAGGACCCGACAGAUGCCCUAUUGCUGAGUAUGGCUGAGUUGGACCUCCAAGAGGACAUCAUCCGUGAGCGAGAGGAGGGUAUUAGGAACAUACACUCGGACAUAGUAGCUAUCAGGGGCCUUUUCCAAGAGGUUGCUUGGCACGUAUCGGAGCAAGGACAGGUAAUAGACAAUAUAGAGACCAAUAUGGGCCAGGCUGCUCAUCGGACAGGGCAGGCUAAUCGUGAGUUAGCCAUAGCUAGUGAGAGAGUUCGGAAGAACAUAUACUAUCACUGCGCUGCUAGAGGCAUCACACAGUGGGAGAGGCCCACCGAGGGCGAGCCCCAGAUGGGUGACCUUUUCCAGUCUGACGGGGAGAAGUCCAGUGGGACUCCCGAUUCGACUGCUAGUGCUCGAGACGAUGCGUCGGCGGACAUGCGACUGAACGAUAGGCCGACUACUACCGCCACGGUGAACCUCUCUGGCACACCGCAGCAGAAGCAACAACAACAGGCACAACCUAGAAGUGAUGCAAUGGGUCGGGCCGUAGAGCAGUUUGAAAUUGGCAAUCCUAGGAGCGUGGUCAGCAAUGCUGGCACGAGUCGGUUCGGUCCUCCAUCCUUCGCCUCCAACACCUUUCAGAGUUUGAUCGGUGGGGCAGUAGGGGUUCUUGGUAGGUUCCAAGGCAUGCGAGGCAUUGGCCAAUAUUUCAAGGCCGAUCCAGAGACCGUGUCUACCAGGCUACGACAGGGUGUGUCGAUGGGGAUGGGCAGUGGCACUAGUCGAUCCCUUAUGGAGCACCCUGAUCUCGUCGGGCCCAGCAUCAUCCUACUCCUCUCGGUCCUGGCCAUGUCUAUUGUGACGAUGAUCACCAAUGUGUCCCUGUCCACUCCUGUAGCGGUCUUCAUGUCUGGGUCUAUGAUAAUGAUAUGUGGCAUGACCGGCGUACCACUCCUCAUCAUCAUCUUCCAGCGAUACUUUGGCGCCACUGAUCCCAGCUCGAGGUACUAUGCCCCCUCCCUAGGAGCCCCUGUACCAGGCCCUGAUGAUGCCCAGCCUCUCGAGUACAUACCUCUAGUCUCUGCUUACAGUUACUCCUUGGCGCCAAUGCCGUUGGCCACAAUGGCCAGCCUAUUCCUCGGCAACUUCUCCUUCCUGGCCGGCGCUGGUGCCAGUAUUGCCUACCUCAACGCCCACCUCGGCCCCCCUCUGGCCAGCGCCUUCGGUCGUGGUCGAGUUGGUUCCCUCACCAUCCUUGCUGGUACCAUCAUCCUGUAUUGGCUGAUUAUGUCCCUCAUGUGGUGA